GAAGCAGGCGGGUCCAUCCAUGUGUUUACAGCCACUGACAUGACGCGUCGCGCCUCAGCGCGCACAGCUGCGCCGCUUUCUGCCGUUUCCAGUGAAUUCGUUUCAUAAGAACGGAAAACAUACUUAUAAGUUCCUAAUGACGGCGCGUACACAUAUGUACUAUGUCUAAAAAAGUAGAUUAUUGUUAUUGUAUUGUUAUUAUUUAUGAUCAUGGCUGCGUCGCAGCGCGCGAGAAACUCUGAACUUAAACAGAGCGAAACAUGGAAGCGUCACAUUAUCAGACAGCUGAAAAAUCGCAACAGGACACAGACGAGCGUCUUUCAGGAUAUUAUAGAGUCAUAUCACAGUUUGCUGGAGAAGUCCAAGCAAAGAGCCCUCAUAACCAAAGGCAUUCUGGGAUCGGGGUCAAGGCCGUCAGUGGUCCCCUCAUCUGAAGAUGCAUUGACGUCUCUUAAGACGACGACCGGUGAGCUUGCAUACCAAGUGGUGGAACUGCAGCAGCGACAGAUAAAGGAAGUGACACUGGAUGAACAACAUACCAAGCUGUAUGAGGUCCAAAAGCAUCUCAGUGUUCUGGCGUCAGAGCACAGGGUGCUUCAGGAACGCGUGGCUGAGGUGCAGACUGGGAACCAACUCCUGAAACAAAAGUAUGAUUCUCUGCUGGAGCAGCACAAGAACAUUGAGAGGACGUACCGACAAGAGAAACUGCACAGCUCCGAGAUCCUGGAGAACAUGAUCCAACUAAAACAGCAGGCAGCUGCCCGCAUGAACCAUCGUAAUGAGAAGAGAGUGAGAGCCAGAGCGGCCAGCCUUCACAAAGAGCUUCAGAUGGCUGCCAGUAAGAAUGUGGAUAUUAGCGAAGAGUCUGGAAAUGUGUCACCCUCCAAACCAUCAUCCCCCAAAUGUGAAACUGCAGAGAGAGUCGAGAGAUCCCAUGGGCCACUUUUCAGAUCUGCUUCAGCUACGUCCCCCCGCAUCAUCAGCUCCAUCAGAGGACUCUUUGAGAGGAAGAUUAGAGGUAAAUCAGUGUGCAGGUCAGAAGAAGAUCUCUUUAUACCAUUAGGAGUCUGUCUGGUUGCCAGAGUCCCAACCAAGGCAAUUUUUACACUGGAUGCUCAUGAGCUGGGAAUCAACGCUGUGCGGUUCAGUACCAGUUCAAACCUGUUGGCUACAGGAGGGACUGACAGAGUCAUCAAACUGUGGGAUAUUGAAGCAGGAACUCUUCAGAACAGAGGGACGUUAGAUGGAAGUAACGAGGGCAUCACCAGCAUUGAGUUUGACCCUACGGGCACUCGGAUUUUAGCUGCGUCAUAUGACAAGUCAGCUCUAUUUUGGAGGCUAGAGGACAGCGUUCCCAAGGUUACAUUGACGGGUCAUUCUCGUAAAGUGACAGCAGCCAAAUUUAAAUACAGUCAGAGGCAGGUGGUCACGGGCAGUGCGGACAGGACCGUGAAGAUAUGGGACCUCCAGCGAGCAGCGUGCAUACAAACCAUUGAGGUUUUGUCUUUCUGUAGUGAUGUUGUGUGUUCCGAGUACCUUAUCAUCAGUAGCCAUUAUGACAGAAAAAUACGGUUUUGGGACAGCAGGGCAGCGACCUGCACACAGGAAGUGCCUCUUCAGGGCAGAGGGACGUCACUGGACCUCUGCCCUAACCACAGGCAGUUGCUCAGCUGCUCCAGGGACGACAUCCUGCAGCUGGUUGACCUGAGAAAGAGUAACGACAGGGUGGCCUUCAGAGCAGAGGGCUUCAAAUGUGGAAGUGACAGCACCAAGGCCAUCUUCAGUCCGGAUGGCAGUUUCCUGGCAGCUGGCUCUGCUGACGGUGCCGUGUACAUAUGGAAUGUCAACACAGGAAACCUAGAAAAACGGCUUCCAGAAAUGCACAGUGCUCCAAUAAGUGCCGUGGCCUGGUCGUUGUCGGGCGAAUACGUGGUAAGCGUGGACAAGAGCCGUCGAGCUGUGCUCUGGAGUGAUAUCUGAGACCAGACAUGGGCUUCCUUUUUCCAUCUUAUCAACUGAAAUCACUCCUGGAAAUGCACUCAGGGAUGUCAUCAAAACACAACCUUGUUGGGAAAAGCUCACACUCUGCACUCCGUCAAUAGCAAGACCCUUAGUGUUGUGACAGUCUUUGUUGCUAAGAAGCCGUGUCAUUCAAAAGCACAAACAGAUGUGCUAAUGUUACAAGGGUCUGGCGACUGUCGAGCGGAGCUGUCUGGGUUUUUGUUUUGAAACCUUGUUACAAAUGAAUUACUGACGCAGGACGUGGCGAAGCAUUUGUAGGCCUUCCUGUUGCUUGACUUCUUACUAUAAUUGUCAGCCACUUACAAAUCUGAGAUCUCUUGACAUUCACCAGAUAUUUCUGCCUCUGGGAUUUGAUAUGAAAAAGGGAAACAUGAACAAAGUGGAACCAGUGAGUUUUUUAAGAACAUGACAGCACAUUUCUGAAUAUAUGGAAACUCGACCCCAGCGUAUUCGCAUGUCGGUCCUAUUUUUAGAGACAAAAACACAGAACAGAUGCAUAAUUUUGAAUGCUUGGUUAAAGCCCAUUGUAUAUUGUCACACAAUGACUUUGUUUCUUGAAUGCAAUGCAAAAAGAGAUAUAAGUUUAUAAUAUAUAUAUAUAUAUAUAUAUAUAACCGUUUUUAAAUUAAAAUUUAAGGACGCAUUAAACUGAUCAAAAGUGACAGUAAGGACAUGUUACAAAAAAUUAAAUAAAUGCUGCUCUUUUGAACUUCUAUUCAUCAAAGAAUCCUGAAAAUAUCUGUUUUUAACAUUGAUAAUAAUCAGAAAUGUUUUUAAGCAGCAUAUCAUCAUAUUAGAAUGAUUUCUGAAGGAUCAUGUGACACUGAAGACUGGGGUAAUGAUGCUGAAAAUUCAGCUUUGAUCACAGGAAUAAAUUAUAUAUUAAAAUGGAAAACGGUUCUUUCACAUUGUAAUAAUAUAUCACAAUAUUACUGUUAUACUUUAUUUUUGAUCAAAUAAAUGCAGCCUUGGUAAGCAGUAGAGACUUUGUCUUAAAAUCUUACAGACCCCAAACGUUUGAACCGUAAUGUAUGUAUUUCAAAAGUCUUAGACCACAAUGAAAAUCUGAAUCAUUAUGAUGUAUUUGAUAUGAUUUAUGUAUUUGAUAAUGAUUAAUAUCACAUGCAGAACAACAUGAUCUUCAGGUUCAUGCAGUUUGAGUGUUGCUGUCAUUAAAGCAAAAGGGAGACACACCAAAUAUGUUUUUACACUCAAAUUGUUAUGCUGCUAAUAUAAUUUGUAAUGAAAUUUAAAUUAGAAAAAUAGUAUUAAAUUAGAAAAAUGCGAAAUAGAAACAUUUCACUAGUCAUCCCAUACAUUUAGAUCCCACUGUAUGUUGUUAAUCACUGCCUCAGGGAAGUGCUCAGUCAUACUGGAUUGAUUGGUAAUUUAUUAUAAAAAGGGACUCGUGUUUUAAAAAUGAAUGAGAGGAAGCCUUGCCCUCCGCCACACUCUUUAGUGCUGCCAUAGAGACCCAGUAUGCUCACUGCUAAACUGCGCUCGGAUUAGCAUUUAAAAGGGCCUUCUGUCUGAUGAGAAUCACACCGCACUGCUCUGACUGACUUUGAAGACACAAAUUACUGGCAUCACAGAUCACACAAGUCCAGUGUAAUGCACAGACUGGCAUGUGAUUUAAUCUGCUGCGUUCAUUUGCAUCUUAAUUAUAGGUGAGGCAAGUCUAAUGCCCAUCUUACUCUUGUCAGCUGUUGGACCAGAGAGUAUAAUGUAUAUAUUUAUUAACCUAAAACUGCCAUAUUUGCUACACUGUAAAAAAAUUAUUUUAAUUAAUUAAUUAGCUAUCACAACAUUUUUUCUUUUGUCAAAUCAACUUAGAUAAUUAAUGUGGUUCAGAUAACAUAAUAUUUUGAGUUUCUGCUGAUUAAAUCAAUUGGCUUCAUUGUAUUAACUCAAAUUUUUUUAUGUCAAUGAACUAAAAAUUUUAAGGCGAUCAGGUAACUUACUUUUUUAAGUUAAACCAACAAUUAUUUUUUAUUAUAGUGUAGUUGCUAUUGAUUUAUUGUGUGCCACAGAAAUCACUGAUUUGUAUUGUGAGUUAUUGUAAAAUUAUAACAUCAUAUUUCAACCCAAAAUCAAAGAAUUUUAUAUUUUCAUAAUUAUUAUUAUUUUUUUUAAAUAACACCAGCAUAAAUAAAAGGCAGUACAACCAAUUCUACCAUAAUUAAAAUGUUACAAGUUAUAAAUACUUAACAAGUUUACAUAUAUACAUAUGGCAAUGAGGUUUAUCACCAUGCAUGAGAAUUGAGAUGGAAAUGUACUUAACUGUCAUGAAAAUAAUCUUGCAAUGCAAUGUAAUGCCACAAAUAGAUAGACUGAUUGAUUACAUAUGUUUAUAUGUUUUUCAGGGCCUGCUUGAAAACAUUUGAAAUACUCUAGGGUAAGAUAAAUCAAAAAUGAUGAAGCCACUUGAUGAGAUUAAGUACCAGAGAAACAUCUGUUGAUAAGAAAACAUCUGGUAGAUAUGUUUGUUGGUUCUAUGAGAAUAACUGUUGCACAUUUAAAUUCGUUUGAACAGCAAAAUUCUUACAAAAACAGGAAUUUUUGUAUUCGUUUUGCCCCGAAAAGAGAUAUUUGGGGAAAGCGUUAUUAUUAUAUUUGUUACUGAACCCUGCCUUUCCAAAUAUGGAUUGUUUUCAAAGAUGUGCAUUUAUCAAGGGAACAGCUGCAUAUAUUUGUUAACAACACACUCAUUUUUGUUAAAAAAAGUUUAUAUACAAACUCUGUUAUAUUUUUUAUUUUAUUUAGUUUUAUUUAUCGUUGUUUUGUGACCAAAAAAUAACUCUUAUACCAAGCAAAACUACAGAGUAAGUACAAAAAGUGAGUUUGAUGAUAAAGUCUGUUGUUUACAUAGGAAAGCAAAGAACAAGAGCAAAUAAGAAUAAGUCCAUGCUUGUCUUUGUUCUAAUAGGCACUUUUUAUUAAUAGGUUAAAAAUAGGUCCUGAAACAUCAACAUUCAUGUCAUGAUAUAGUUUAAACCCUUUCAAAUGUUGUCUACAUUAUAUGAACAUAAAAAUUAAAUAGUAAAAUAAUAGUUAACUGUGUUGUAAGUACUGGUUGCAGAUUUAUCACUUUGUAGAGUUAAGCUUGAAGAAAAUAUUUGUUUGAUAUCUUUUUUUUUGUACAGAAACUUUGAUAAAUGUUUGAAAUGUAAAUGUUUGAGACAUUUGAUGUUUUAAAACUAGCUUCCUGCUUAAUUUUAGGCUUAAAAAAAUGGGGAUUGUGUCUAAUAAAAGAGUAACGGGACACCAAAUGUUAUCAUAUUUGUGGGAAGUGCCAAUAUAACAUGAUUUCAUUUUAGAACAUUAGUAGUUUUACAUGUUUUCUCAUAACAGUCUGAAGUAAUUAUGAAAUGCAUGGGUAUUGCUGUGUAAUAUCUGAUGUCAUAUGUAUGAUUUUUUAUUUUAUUUUUUAGAAAUCUUAAUUUCAAUGCCUGUAUGAAACGAAUUUAGGCUAUUUUAUAGCUACAUCUGAACUUAUACUGUAAACCAGUCACCACUGGUUUUUAAAAAAAAACCUGAUAAAAAACACUAAAAACAUCAGGGAUGCUUUUUCAAUUAAUAAAACCAUCUUAAACCCA